ACCCAUCUUGCUAUUUUAUGGCACUUACAAAUUACAGAUUUGUUGAUAUUUCACCAACUCUUUGUUUUUUUAUAUUAACUUGAUAUGCUACUUGAAUUGCUAUUCAUGCAGAGCUAACAUACUCGAGAUAAACCUUAAAAUAUAUACUAGUCAAAACAAAAUAAGGGCCACUUGUUUAUUUUGACGUUUGAAGCAAUAUAAUAAAUUUUUAGAUAUCGUAACCGGUUAAAUUUUUUUGUGGCGUUACAUUAAGUGUUGACAAACAUUAUGAGAGGAUACCUCUCACUUAAUUUUUGAAGUGGUUAGAAUUUGAAUUCGAAGUCGACCUUUUGAGUCAUUGAAACUGUCGAGUUCUUGGUGAACUGCAGGAAUUCCCUUUGUUAGUACGUAAUUAUAAUUUAGGGCCAUAACGCUGAUUCAUGAGGGCCAUUCGCAGCUUUCUGUAGCUCUACAACUGGGUUUUUCACGGGUGGCAAUUCAGAAUGCUUGGAUUAGGUUUCAAGAGACUGGGAGCGUUACCAGAAGACCAGGAUCAUGCAGGAGUCGAGCAACCACAUCACAGGAAGACCGCUACAUACGGUUAACUGCGCGCAGAGAGCGAGUCGUCACCGCCCGCUCCUUAGGAAACCGCUUGCACCAGGCGACUGGCACCCGCGUAAGUGACCAAACGAUAAGGAAUCGGUUAAAUGAAGAGCAACAGUUCUCUAGACGACGAGUAGUGCGAAUUCCAUUAACAUCCGUGCAUCGUGCAAGGCGAUUAACAUUUGCAAGGCACCACCAGGAGAUACAAAUCAACCGGUAAUUAACGAACGACAGCUCAUCAACGUGCUAAAGACAAGCUGGGAACAAAUCCCACAAAAGACAGUACGACACCUGGUGGAGAGUAUGCCUUCGAGGCUUGAAGAAUGAGUUCAAAAAAGGGGAGGACACACACGUUACUAAAAAAAAUCAUUUAAAAAACCUUCAGUUUUUUUUUAUUUGACACUUUUUUUUACAUUGUGUAUUUUAGGUUAAAAUGUCGAUUUUUACUACUGUGCUACCGUUAACGCAUUUGGAUUGUUUUUGUAAUUGUUUAUUGUGUUUUAAUCGAAUUUAUUCUGCUCUAAUACAAUGGAAUCAGGCUUUGUCAAGGCAAACAGUUAAAUUUUGCUAAAAUUUGAUGUUGAGCGAAUUCCUCGCAAAUAAUAAAGAAUUUUGCUCAUCUGAAUUCAAAAACAUCAAAACUUCCUUGUAAGUAUAUUUUGUGUAAAUUGAUCUUCAACAUUAUAUAUAAUUUAGACCUCAUUAGAGCCUACGUUUACAAACGGUAAACUUUCAUUGUUUACUUUUGAGGCUAGCUCUUUAUCAGCAUGUAAUUUGCUAAUUAAAGAGUUAUAUCUAAUAAAACUACUAAAUAUUUAUAACUACAGACCACCUACUAGUAUUUUUCCAUUUACUAUACACCUAAUAUCUGAUAAUCACCAAGUCAGUGUAUAUAUACUUAUUCUAAUUAAUUUCAAUUCUUUCAGGUCUUCGAAACCAUUUCUAUUGGCAGAAAUCAAAAUAAUCAAAAGUAGGCACUACCUUGAAAUUUAUAUCUGCAAAAGAUCUAUCUAAAGGUACCCCUAUAUUACCUUCUAAAUCUGCUGUUCUCAAAAAGUUUGUAGAAGAAGGAAAAAAGAGAAAAUUAAGUAACUGUGAGAUACUAAAGUAUCAACAUUUGUUGUGUGUUGGCAAAAUAAAUACUUUAUUAUUAUUAUUAUUAUUAACAUUUUGUCUCAAUGCAUCAACUUGUGCUUACACAAAAAGAAGAGUAAUGUGACUUAUUUUUAAGUAAAGUAAUUUUGACAACUGAAGUUUUAUGCAAAAUAGAAAAUGUAACCAAAGACUAGUUCAAAAAUAAGCUUUGGUUUGAACUGAGGUAUGGCAGGGUAACAGCUUCCAGAGUUUACGAAGCGAGUCGAUGUCAGACUGAUGAUGGGACUCUGAUUUCUGCUAUCCUGGGAGGGAAGAUACCAGACAUACCAACAAUGAAACGGGGAAGAUAUUUAGAAAAUAAAGUUAAAGGAGUAGUUUCCAAGAAAUUAGGGAACGAGAUCAAGAAUUGUGGACUGUUCAUCUCCCAGAAACAUCCAAUGAUAGCUGGUUCUCCUGAUGGAAUAUGUGGAGAAAAAUAUACAAUAAGUAACAAAACUUAUCUAAAUUAUAUUAAUAAUGGCAAACCCAGCAAGAAAUGUUAUGCCCACAUACAAAUGCAAAUGCAUCUAAGUGGUCUAAAAAACUGCUACUUCUGUGUUGCAGACCCAAAGUUCUCUUUUAAUGAAAAUGUGGGAAUUCUAUGUAUAUCUUAUGAUGAGCAUUUUAUGUCAAGCCUUCUUGAAAGUGUUAUUUCAUUUUGGAAAUCCCAUGUAUAUCCCAUAUUAUAUAAAAGUAUAGAAUAGAAAAUAAAAAGCAAAAAUUUCAUGUGUGUUUUAUUUAAUGAGAGAAUCUUGUAUAUUAAUCCAACCACAAGCUAUAGUUAUUACGUCAUCAAUAACUUUAACCAAACUUAAGACAGUCAUGCGGUUUUAAUAUGUUGAAUUCACGUAACCGUCUUAUUACCCGCUCAACAUGGAUUCGUAAGCUAGCUAUUUGUUUUGUUUCUUUUGCUUGAGCUUUAGAUAACUUUGUUCCAAUUAUAACACUUGGAAGUCGUACUAACAGCACACCCAUUUUUCUUAAAUACACUUCUACAUGCUUAAGUCCUCGAUCUGCCAUGACCCACAUAUUAGAGUUGUAAACAAUUUGCAAAAUUAGAUGUUUCAACAAUGCACGUGCACGAUAUGGAGGCCGAAUAACAGUAUUCGGUCUCCAUAUCCAUUUGAAAUAUACUCGUAGUUUAUCAAACCAUACAAAAUUUAAGGUACUUAAAUUUUAUUUUAUUUUCAAAGGUGAAACAACAGUUACAUAAAAUUAAAUAAACAAACAAUAAUAAGAAACAGAGAACCAAUUAUAUACUCACACAUAUAGAUCCAAACUAUAAUAAGGACACAAACCAAUGUUACCACUAUGUUUAUCAAAC